UUGAUAUUUAACUAAUAGCCAGAUGUGAAUUUUGACAGGUAGUGGUUAUAAAUUCUCCAUAUCCACCAAAACACUACCUACAGCCCUUCUUAUAAUAGUUCUCUUGGCUUAAGACUAAACCAAAGAAAAGAAACUUACAAGGCAUAAAAUUAAAAUGAAGGAAGGAAAACACUUUGUUUUAGUACAUGGUGCAUGUCAUGGAGGUUGGAGUUGGUACAAGCUAAAGCCUCUGCUAGAAGGUGCAGGCCAUAAGGUUACAGCCCUUGAUUUAGCAGCUUCUGGCAUUGAUUUGAGAAAAAUAGAGGAGCUUCGCACACUUUAUGAUUAUACUUUGCCAUUGAUGGAGUUGAUGGAAUCUCUUUCAGCAGAGGAGAAGGUUAUAUUAGUGGGACAUAGUCUUGGUGGUAUGAAUUUGGGACUUGCUAUGGAAAAGUAUCCACAAAAGAUCUAUGCUGCUGUUUUCUUGGCUGCUUUCAUGCCUGAUUCUGUUCACAACUCCUCCUAUGUUUUGGAACAGUAUAAUGAGCGGACGCCAGCAGAGAAUUGGUUGGAUACUCAAUUUGUACCAUAUGGUUCCCCUGAAGAGCCACUGACAUCCAUGUUUUUUGGCCCAAAGUUCUUGGCUCACAAACUCUACCAGCUAUGCUCUCCUGAGGAUAUUGCAUUAGCAUCAUCAUUGGUGAGACCAAGCUCUCUGUUUAUGGAAGAUCUGUCGAAGGCCAAGUAUUUCACAGAUGAAGGGUUUGGAUCAGUGAAGAGAGUUUACAUUGUGUGCACUGAGGAUAAAGGCAUACCAGAAGAAUUCCAGCGAUGGCAAAUUGACAACAUUGGUGUCACAGAAGCAAUAGAGAUUAAAGGUGCUGAUCACACGGCAAUGCUGAGCGAGCCCCAAAAACUUUGCGCCACUCUCUUGGAGAUUGCCCAUAAAUACAACUGAUCUUUACAUUCUGUCUUCGUCUCAUCACUCAUGUCAAGUUUUUCUGUGCAUUCUGCAAUUUUUUUCUAUUUUUCGACCGCCGCAUAACAGUCUUUGUCUAUUUUAAGGAUUGCAGUAAUUUAAUUCUUCUAGUGUGGAAGGCUUCCAGAUAAGGAUAGUUCUGUUUCUCCAUUCAAGUGUGUGUUAUGAUGAGAUACUUAAACCGUAUCAAUUCUUGUAAUGAAACUUCUUCUUUCCUUUUUGCA